GGAUCCCAUGUGGAAUGGUGUAAACAGCUGAUAGCUGCAACCAUUUCUAGUCAGAUUUCAGGGUCUGUCCCAUCAGAAGGUGUGUCCAGAGACUACAGGGAGAUUCAGGAUGGACACAAUGGCUAUCAUUCUGAAGCAGAACCUGAUCAGGCACUGCGGGAUGGAAACAAACUAGCACAGAUGGAGGAGGCUCCACUUUUUCCUGGAGAAUCAAUCAAAGUUAUUGCUAAAGAUGUUAUGUAUAUCUGUCCAUUUAUGGGAGCAGUCAGUGGUACACUAACAGUGACGGACUUCAGAAUGUAUAUCAAAAGUGUUGAAAGGGAUCCACCUUUCGUUGUUGAUGUUCCCCUUGGAGUCAUAAGUAGAGUUGAAAAAAUUGGAGUACAGAGCCACGGAGACAACUCGUGUGGUAUAGAAAUAGUUUGCAAGGAUAUGAGAAAUUUGCGGCUGGCCUAUAAACAGGAAGAGCAGAACAGAUUGGAGAUUUUUGAAAACCUUGUAACACGCGCGUUUCCUGUUUCUAAUGGGCUGCCUCUUUUUGCAUUCAGCUAUAAGGAAAAGUUUGCUGUUAAUGGCUGGAAAGUGUAUGAUCCAAUGGCAGAAUAUAAGAGGCAGGGCUUGCCCAAUGAGAGUUGGAAAAUAUCCAAAAUUAACAGCACCUAUGAGCUUUGUGAUACAUACCCUGCUAUUCUUGUUGUGCCAACCAGUGUAAAGGAUGAUGACCUCUCAAAAGUGGCAGCAUUUAGAGCAAAAGGCAGAGUUCCAGUGUUAUCCUGGAUUCAUCCUGAGAGCCAAGCAACAAUAACACGAUGCAGUCAGCCAUCGGUAGGCCCAAAUGAUAAGCGUUGCAAAGAAGAUGAAAAAUAUUUGCAGACAAUAAUGGAUGCCAAUGCUCAGUCACAUAAACUUAUCAUCUUUGAUGCCAGACAGAAUAGUGUUGCAGAUACAAACAAGGCAAAAGGUGGAGGAUAUGAAAGUGAAGGUGCCUACCCAAAUGCAGAGCUGGUCUUUCUGGAAAUUCAUAAUAUACACGUAAUGAGAGAAUCCCUGCGUAAACUUAAAGAAAUAGUUUACCCUACUAUUGAUGAGACUCGGUGGUUAUCAAAUGUGGACUCCACACAUUGGCUGGAAUAUAUAAGGAUGCUUCUUGCCGGAGCAGUAAGAAUUGCGGAUAAAAUUGAAUCUGGUAAAACAUCCGUAGUGGUACACUGCAGUGAUGGUUGGGAUCGAACUGCACAGCUUACUGCGCUAGCUAUGCUUAUGCUGGACAGUUAUUACAGAACUAUCAAGGGGUUUGAAGUUCUUAUAGAGAAAGAAUGGAUAAGUUUUGGACACCGAUUUGCAAUGCGAGUAGGACAUGGAGAUGAUGAUCAUGCUGAUGCAGACAGAUCUCCCAUUUUCCUUCAGUUCAUCGACUGUGUUUGGCAAAUGACUAAGCAGUUUCCUGCAGCCUUUGAAUUCAACGAGUUAUUUUUAAUCACCAUUCUGGAUCACCUUUACAGUUGCCUCUUUGGGACUUUCUUAUGCAACUGUGAAAAAGAGAGAUUAAAAGAGGAGGUAAGCACAAAGACUGUGUCGCUGUGGUCCUAUAUAAACAGCCAGUUAGAUGAGUUCACAAAUCCUUUCUACGUAAACUAUGAAAACCAUGUCCUGUAUCCUGUUGCCAGUCUGAACCAUUUGGAACUAUGGGUGAACUACUAUGUCAGAUGGAACCCACGGAUGCGGCCUCAGGUUCCAAUCCAUCAAAAUCUUAAAGAGCUCCUCACCAUCCGGACGGAGCUUCAGAAGAAGGUCGAAGAUUUGCAGCGGGAAGCUGCCACACGAUCCAUUUCUUCCUCCUCUGAUAGAGGUUCAUCUCCUUCCCAUUCAGCCACGCCGGUGCACACCUCUGUGUGAUGUGUAACAAAAGCCAUGUGAAAAAAUUUGUGUCAGGUAAUACAGAGAGGAGGGUGAAAUGCUUUUCCCAUCACAAAAGGAUUGUGAGUGACUUGUAAUUGCUAUGAUCUACAUGCCUUACUCUGUGUCUGAUAUUAUCAUGAUGAGGCCAAAAAGAGCUUCAAUAGAUGUGAUAUAUUUUCUUGUUGGCAGUUCCCACGUGUGUUUUGACAUCUCUAGCUAAAUCACCAAUUAUGAAAUUAAACUUUGUUUUGAGCAACUAACAAUUUAACCAUUCUAGAAAGGAAUCCAUCUGCCAAGCAGACAGAAAAAUGCCUCUCACACUGCCUAGGGUACCGUGCCUGGUUGAGAGAAUCAGAUUAAAUGCCACAUGAUGCUUACACAGAACAUUUUUCUGGAUGGGAGCUCCUCAUUUCACUCAGUAAU